CCAAAUCACUCAUCAAAACAAUCAACAAACAGUCAGACCUGUGACUUUGGUCGACUUCAACUUCAAUAGAAUCUCUUGUCGUUUGGAGUCGUUUUACUUCAAAGCAAACAAUCUGGGAAUCCAAUUUUUCACCGCUCCCUCAGCAGGAUGGCAAAGCGGUGCCGCUGGUGCCGGGUGUCGCGCGACUGCGUCCUGCACAUUAAUGUGGUGCUAAUUGUGAUAGGGCUGAUCUUUAUGUUAGACGUGUUCAGCCACCUCUACCUGAGGUCGACAAUGUUCCCCGACAUUCGUUUAUAUCCAGUGGUGAUUCGUGGUUGGCUGUUCUGGAUUCGCGGACUGACGAUGCUUUCCUACAUAGCAGAAGCUAUCCUUGGCAUUUGGAUGGCCAAGCUACCUAGCCUCAUUAAGUAUGGAGGGUAUAUACUGAUCGGCCUUGCCGUGCUCCUUUACACUGUGAGUAUAGCGGUGACCCGCUUCAUGUACCGCGACAGAUUCGAGUACUUCGCCCAGUUGCUCGUCUACCAAAUGUGGCUGAAGAGAACCCUGGGAACGAUCGAGGCCGAAUUCAGUUGCUGUGGCAUGGUGGGAGUGAUCGACUACCAGACCCCGUCUGCCAAUCGCACUUGGAGCAGUGGCUCUUGUUGCAGCGAGCCGAAUUGCCCCGGCUGCAAUCCGAAGGUGGAGGAGUAUCUUUGGACCAUUGAGAUGGAUGUGGCGCGCGACAACAUCAUAGAGUCAGUAUUCUUGGCGUUGGGCAUGAUCGUCAUGCUAAUGCAUUUCCAUGGCGUCAAUUUCUACGAGGACCUGUUAGAGGAUGAUUCCGAUGAUACUACUAAAGCUACUGAGGAGGAAAAUUCCAAGAAUAUUUCGUUCGGGGAAGAGUCCUCACAACCUUCGGACCGUAACAGUGAUUAUUUGAGAAAGUAACGACCAUUGCCUGUUCUGGUCAAUUGAACUUUAAUUCAUUAUUGACCCCAUUCCCCUAUUUCUAACUCUUGUUUAAUCUUGUAUAUGUGGGGUUGUCGACUAACUUGUUGUGGCCCAUUAAUUAAGAUGCUAGAACGACCACGGAAUCCUCUACUUCCCAUCCUCCAUGCCACCCAGUGGCCACUCUUACUUCCCGCACUAACAAAAUGCCAUGAAAUACAAUUUAAUGACUUCGAUUUCAGUCUUGGGAGCAACAAUUAAAUAUGCUUUUAUAGCUUUAGCUGGAUUUAUAUGACACUCCAAAGCCUACAAAAUUUGAAGCACUUCAUUAAAUACCAUUAAAAUUUUUCCCAUAACUUCCUUUAAUCCUUGACUCCUUGAACUAAAUAAAUAAAGUACGCUUGACGUCGUCAAUCUUA